AUGCCGAGGGGAGAGGCAUUGAUGAAGGCGCUCCGAAAAUUGGUGGUGAUCUCAAAAGACCCGAUGCUGCGGUCAAUGGGCUUGGUGAGGGAAUGUCCUCCGCAUGGGUUAAACGAUGGGCAUGAAGCGGGCGAAGGGACGGAGACUGAGGAAAAGGGACGAGCCGGCGGUACGCCGGGCAUGAGGAGCGGAGAGGUCAGACCGAUCACAGAAGACUCGGAAGACGAGCACGAAGCUCUCUGCAGUGAUGCGAAACUGUCGACUGCUGCUGCUAAAUGGAGGAGGCGGCAGCAGAGUGUUGAGGGCCAGCAAUGCGUCUCUGGAGGUGCAAUGAAGAGCAGCAAAGCGUCAAGCAGUGAGUGUCUGCCUGGUGCCCGACGGAAAGGAGAGGGUCGGGGAGGCGACGCGGCGCAGAAGGGGUGUGCUUUAUCGCGGGUGGGGUGA